AUGCCUGCGAUGUCUCGGAUUGCUCUGACCUUGGGUCUAACCCUUGGUGCUGCUGCUGCUCCAAACUCCAUUGCUGCCCCCAAGGGCGCCGAGUCCUUGACCGUGGCCCUUCUUGGUGAUUACGGUUGGACUGGCUGGCAGCCUCUGCCUUUGGAUUUCUGCAACAAUGUCUUGGCAAAGCUCGAGGCCGACGGUGUGGAGAUCCCCAAAGCGAUUCAGAAUGACUGCGAUGCCGGUGACCGUCUGGACAUCUCCAAUGCUACGAUUGAAGAGACCCGCACCGCUAGCUAUAUCGAGAAGGUCUGUCUCAAGAAGAACUGCUCCGCAUUUGUCUCUGUCGGCGACAAUUUCUACGAUAGUGGCGUGGACUUCACAUCCGAAGGCAUCCUCCGCUUCUACGAGGGCUGGGGCGACAUGUACGUCGGCGAGGCAUUCGACAAUAAGACCUGGUACCAGGCUCUGGGUAACCACGACGUUGUCGCCGGCCAGGCCGGUGUUGAUUUCCAAACACGUCUUGCGCCCUUGAUGGACAAUCGUUGGUACUUCGGACACGACAAUCUACCCUACUACACCUACGAUCUGACCGGCUCCGAUUGGACCGCAACAUUCGUGGUUGUGGACUCCGACUGCUUUAUCGACAAAUACCAGGUGAACACCUCUGUCUACAACACAGACUAUGUGAUCGCUUGUUACAAGGAGAAACAGAAGCAGGUGGACUUCUUGCGCAAGUCUUUUGCCAAGUCCGACGCUACCUGGAAGAUCCUGCAGAUCCACCACGGCUACAUGUCUUCCGCCGGCAACUAUACUGAGCUGGACCCCCUGAUGGAAAUUGUUCGCGAAAAUAACGCUGUCGUCAUCAACGGCCAUGAUCACUGCCUGGCUCACUACGAGUAUGAGGGCACUAACUUUGUUCUCACUGGCGGCGCAGGCUAUGCUCAGGCUGGCGACUGCAACUAUGGUAUCCCUCUUGGUCCUUACGCCAAGUGGCUCGGAGCUAAUGCCAACCAAGCUGCCAAUGGCUUUGUGACCCUUGACAUCAACCGUGAUGCCUUGAAUUUUGAGUACUACGCCCGUGAUAUGCGCAUGAAGGGUUCUGACUACUAUGUUGUCAAGGACGACAUGAAUCCCUCCUAUAGGUUCGCCGUUGACAAGCAGACGACCAAGGCUUAG